AUGGCGCUGGUGCAGGCGGGCAUGGGCCUCACCCGGGUCGUGGUCCUCGUCGGCGCCGGCGUCGCCGGCUCCGUCGUCCUCCGCAACGGCCGCCUCGCCGAGAUCCUCGGCGAGCUCCAGGAGAUACUAUACAAGGGGAACAAGGGGAAGGACGGAGGAGGGGGAGACGGGGAAGCCGAUCUUAACGAGGCGCUUACCUCGCAGGUGCGUCGCCUAACCAUGGAGGUCAGGCAACUUGCUUCUUCACGUCCAAUAACUGUUCUCACUGGAGGUUCUGGACAAUCAGGAGUAUCAGGCCUGAUAGUACCUGCAGCAACUGUAGGAGCACUGGGUUAUGGUUAUAUGUGGUGGAAAGGGAUCUCGUUUGCCAACCUAAUGUAUGUCACCAAGCGCAACAUGGCAAAUGCUGUUUCAAGCAUGACUAAACAUUUGGAGCAAGUCCAAAGUUCUCUUGCUGCUGCUAAAAGGCAUUUGACACAGCGCAUUGAAAAGUUGGAUGAUAAAUUGGAUCAGCAAAAGGCUCUAUCUGGACAAAUAAGAGAUGAUGUUACUGAUGCACGUCUGAAGCUUGAGAAUAUUGGUUCAGAAAUUAAGAACAUCAAAGAAUUGGUUUGGGGUCUGGAUGGGAAAAUUGAUUCGAUGGAAGCUAAACAGGACUUUUCAUGUGCUGGUGUGAUGUACCUCUGCCAAUUCAUUGAGCAAAAUGGUGGAAAACUUCCGGAUCGCCUGGAAGGCCCCAAAGUGACUACAAAGCGUUUUGCAGAUCAAAGGUUCAUACAGGGAUUGCAACUGGCGAUAGAAUCAGGGAAUUGUGGCAAGGACACCAUCGACAUGCUGUUGAAAGAUGCUGAUUCCUCUGAUAAGAUAAACAGGUUUGAAGAUCCUUGUGCCGUGCGAACACUUUCUCUUUUAACCUUGAAAAUUUUGGCAUAG